AUGCCUUAUUAUCAAAAUAGGCCUUGCUCGGAGCUAUUUGAGGAUAUUUUUAGACUGAAGGGUAGCCUGAUUGGUGACGAUUUGGCUAAAUGGAGGCUACUCCGGGAGCAAUACGAGUUGGUUGAGGAGGUGAUGGAUAAGGCAUUCAGUCCUUUUCUGGAAGAUAAUAAAAGCAAGGGCCCAAGUUUGAAUAACGAAGCUUUAGAUUUGGUGCAAAUUUUGCUAAAUUUGAGACAAACGACAAAAGAAGGGUGGGGUUCGAUAUAUGAGACUUUCGUCCAUUCGGUUGUAGCAGGGAUAAGAUUCAGUACAUCAGAUUCUCCCUUGACGAUUUUGAAAAAGGCACAGGUACUGAACACCUGUUUUGACUCUUAUGACAAUUGCCUAAGGGCAAAUUCUACGCUGCAGGUUGAGUUGAGCACGACUCUUGCUCGAAAUGUUGAGAAACAAAACAUGAACCAAAAGAUGGAUAAGCAAAAGCCCAUCUUAACAGAGAUACUGUCUUGUAUCUUGAAAUUGCCUGUGUUGGAACCUAACCCGAAUGUCAUUGCUGCAACCACAACCCUUCUCUUGGAACUAUUUCAAAAAUACCGAUCUCAAAUCAAAUUCAAAUAUAUCAUAAGCCAUUCAAACCAUGGCAAGUCAUCACCAUCAUAUGACCCAUUUAGUGCAUGCGAAAGCCAUAAGCAACGCUCCAGAUCACUACUCACUAGCCCGAGCGCGACGGAAAUUCGCGACCCUUACGACAUGUCCUUAUGUUACCUUUCUGUUAACGUCUACCUUAAAAUGCUAACAGUCUGUGAUGGUACAGCGAGAAAGAAUGCUAUCUUGUGGAAUGAUGCAAACUUCAAUACGUUCAUGGCCAGUUUCCUAAAGAGCGAUUGCCUGGGUCUGCGAUGUUGUUCCAUCCAGUUCAUGGUGUUUCCUUAUCUGUAUGAGUCAGAAAUGAAGGCGAUGGAAAGAUCGUGGCUAGUGUGGCUGCCUCAUCUUUGCGAAACCCUCAACUAUGACGAUUUGCCGUGGUGGUUCGACCCGCUGGACACGCUCACUAGCCUAAUCGAUCAUUUCAAUGAGAAUUCGCAGUUUUCUAAUCCUGUAUCCGAAUUUCUCUCCGAAACAAACCUAAUGAAUUCAGUUAUACGAUUACUAGCAAGAUGCUUGUCUUUGGAUAACAGAGACCCCGAACCUCUGAAAAUUACAACGAAACUGGUGAAGCUUUGUGCCUCACUGACAGCCUUUAGUGAACUAACCAGAAAACGCCUUUUCACUAACAGAGUACUACUCCACCACGCUGAAUCAGGAUUAGAGUGCCAUCUUCAGCUGAUCGAUAGCUUCAUCAGUCACAAAGAGCGUUACUCGAUACCCUUAUCUGGAAAAGACAUCCCACCCCUCUUCGAUUCAGAAUGUACGUUUGCCUGGGUUAUGCUUUUGAAAUCAUUUUCUAGAAGCGUAACCGCUCUGAGAACUUUCCUGAAGCGCAACAGACUAGCAGAGCUGCUACUUGAUCUGGUGAAAAAGAUAUUCUAUUUGACUGAAGAUAAAGCGCUCCGAGGGAGUCAACUUGUAAACGCGGAAAUUAAAGUAAUGAGUGCAGCACUCGGUAUUCUUUCUAACUUUGUUGUAGAAUUUUCGAAUUUGCAAGCAUUCAUUGUUGAGAAUGGGAUCAUCACUAUAGUAGACAAGAUUUUGAAAAGUCCGCUUUUCAAUGACCAGGCUGCGGUGCUUACUGAGCCAGUAUCCAAGGAGGUUAUGCCAACUUAUACUGCAGAAGUCCAGACAAAUUCUUUGUGGGUGUUGAGGCAUUUGAUGUACAAUUCGCACAAUGACGAAAAGUUAGAGCUUCUUUCAGUUAUAUCAAUGGAGACAAUCCUCCAGUUUGUCAAUAACAGCAAUUGGCUCGUCCAAGAACAAUGCUUCCAACUGUUGAGAAAUCUCACAUGCAAUUCCCGCAAAGUUGUUAAUAUCUUGCUGGAAAAUUUCGAGGAUGUUAAGCAAUCGGGCUCAUCAGCGAGACGACUCGGUCAUGCCAAUUCUACUUAUCUGUUUGAGUUUCUAGCUCACAAACUGAAAAUGCUGGACCCUGCAGAUUCCAACCAAGCCAAGGCUUUUGAAGGAGUUCUAUACAUCAUAGUCAACAUUACCGCAAUCAAUGAAAAUAAGAGGCAGUUGGUCAUACAACAGGAUGAGCUCUUGUGGUUCAUUAAGGAGGUAUUAGAAAAUGAUGCGAGCUUAGAGUCGGGGUAUACAAAAGGUGACAUCCAAGUGGCGUGCUUGUGGAUCCUUACAAAUUUGAUAUGGGCAUCUACUACUCAAAACUUUUUGUUCCGAGCCACGGAGCCUCAUCCUAUCAUGGACUCAGCAGAUGCCGCAGAAGGUGGAUCGCUACACAAUAGAGAGGAAUAUGCCGACAAAGCGCCCAUUGAAGGUGCAGGACCGUUAGAUGAGGGCGAUUUUGACGACGACGAAAUGAGCGAUACAUAUCGUGAUGACGAAGAGGACUCGCAAGAAGUUGACGACGAGGUUAACGACGAAGAGGAAGAAGAAGAAGAAGGUUACGAAGAAGACCAAAGCAGGCCGCCCGCAAAUGACCAUGAACACACAAAUCAUGAAAAUUAUCAUACCAGCGUCAACGAGGCCCACAACGUGGGGAUAUCUGGUGAGUUUGUGAGACCCAAGAGCCUUGAUGCACCCGCAAAGCUCAAGCUUUUCGCCGCUCAAAGGUGCUCUAAGCUAGUGAAUAUGGGGAUGUACGAUCUUGUAAAAUCCAAGGCGCUGGAAAAUAACGUAGCAGUUAGAGAACAGGCCAAGCUCCUCCUGUUUCACAUGGAUCUUCUUCGGAAAGGAAUUUGA